GUAAGCGUGGAGAGGAAAACUCCACCCAGCAGCUGUAGGACCUCCGGGCAGGCGGAGCGGAGCGGGGGCCAGCCUGCGCUGGCUGAUCGAGUCCCGCAGAAAACUUCUGACGAGCAAAGUCCAUGCAGCUUGAGCCGGAACGCGUGUGUGUUUGUGUGAGAGAGAACGCGUGUGAUUUUACAGAAAUGCUCCAAAGAUGGCGGUGGUAGCAGCCGCAGGCGUCUCGAGAGGCUCCGGGGCGCACAGAAGUGGAUUAGUGGAGGUUUUGGUGCGGGAGCACUGGCACAAAGUUUUGGUAAACUUGAGCGAGGAGGCGCUGACGCUGAGCUGCGAGGAUGGCGAGAAUGUCAACUCAAACGGGCUCACCAACGGAUCGUACCUGGAUAACAGCAACACCAACUCCAACAAUGGCCCCCAAGCUGUGCGCACCGCUUUCACGGACCUCCCGGAGCGAGUGCCCGAGGCGAUCGCCAACAGAAAGCGCUGCGUCAAGGUGACCAAGCAGGAAGUCGGAGGGCUCGGCAUCAGCAUUAAAGGAGGGAAGGAGAACAAGAUGCCCAUUCUCAUCAGUAAGAUAUUCAAGGGGCUCGCAGCGGACCAGACCCAGGCUCUGUACGUGGGGGACGCGAUCCUGUCAGUGAACGGGAUGAACCUGCGGGACGCCACGCACGAUGAGGCGGUGCAGGUGCUGAAACGUGCGGGGAAGGAGGUGACACUGGAAGUGAAAUACAUGCGUGAGGCUACACCUUACGUCAGAAAGGGCUCUCCCGUGUCAGAGAUCAGCUGGGAGACUCCUCCUCCUGAGUCUCCCCGUCCCAGCAGCCCUACCAUCACCUCCCCCUUCUCAUCCGACUCUCCCAGCUCUCCUACCCUUCCCUCCCUGUCACUGAACAGUGACAGGAGGUACAUACCGUUGAAGAUGUGUUAUGCAACACGAGCCAUGACCAAACCUGAUCCGGAGAACAGACAACUGGAGCUGCACAGUCCCGAUACCAGACACACCAUAGUUCUCCGCUGCCCGGACCAACCAUCUGCCCUGUCCUGGUUCUCUUCCAUGCACUCGGUCACAUCCAUGCUGGCACAGCAAGCACAGGCGGAGGUCGUCCAGAAUACAUCCAGGACGGGGAUUGCUGGCAGCAAAGAGAUUCGACACCUGGGAUGGCUGGCAGGGAAGACGGAGAGUGAGAAACAGAGCUGGAAGCCGGUGCUGGUGGUGGUGACGGAGAAAGACCUGUUGCUGUACGACAGCUUACCGAGAGGAAAAGAGGCCUGGCAGAGCCCGGCACACACCUUUCCACUUUUAGCCACACGCCUUGUCCACUCCGGGCCUGACCGGGGUUCACCUCACUCCGGCACGGAGCUGUUCUUCGCCACUCGGACCGGCACACGACUUGGCAUUGAAAGUCACCUUUUCCGAGCUGAGACCACCAAGGAUCUGUCCCUUUGGACCAGGCACAUAGUCAACGGAUGCCACUCAUCAGCUGAGAUGAUCAAAGAAGUCACAACAAGUUGUUUGUACCACAGUCAGGAGUGCCGGCUGGUGAUUCACUACGAAAAGGGCUUCUCUGUGCUGGCUGAGCAGAAAACAACAGAUGAGGAGGGAGGUGAAGAGAGAGUAGUCAGCACUUCCAUCCAGCCCCAAGUGCUCCUCUCCUACCCCUUUGAAAAACUAAAGAUGUCCUCGGACGACGGCGUUCGCUUGCUUCUUCUCGACUUUGGAGGGAACGAGGGGGAAGUUCAACUGGACCUCCACUCGUGUCCAAAGCCGAUCGUCUUCAUCCUCCACUCCUUCUUGUCUGCUAAAGUCGCCCGUCUGGGUCUGGUGGCCUGAGCGGCUCACCUGAAGGACAUCAUCCUCGGAGAACAAAUCCACCUUGUUUGUUUCAUCUAUGUGCAGCUCGCAUGCAGUUCACCACCCCAAAGCUUGAAGAAUGUAGCCUCCGUCAGGAGCCUGGAGCCGGUUCCACAUUUGGAUCUGAGAUUUGUUUGGAUAAUCUUAAUGGGUCGGGUACAUUACCCCCAUUAGUGGCUGAAAGCCAUUACAUUUGUCUGAAGGACUACAGCUGAAAGCAAGGACCGGUCUAGAUGCCGAGGACGGUUUACGAGAGACGGUUGGACAUUACUGUCACGUCCAGGAUGGGAAGAGUUGGCCGCGUCUAGCAGGGUCAAGAUAAAUCCACUCUUAAUUCAAUCAAAAAGCAGCAGCAACCUGCCAUCCAUUUACCAAUUAUAUCAUUUAUUCACCAUUAGGUCCUAAUGGGCGUUUUGAGUUUUGCUCAUCGUUCGUCUUCCUCAAACACUUGACGCUCCGUGGAAAAACUUUGCGCAUUAGUCUUUAUGAAGAGUCCCCCGAGAUGUCUCGUUAGCAGCGUCUGCAUUCGUCAUCCCAACAGGGAGGCACAAUGUGACAGCUCAUUCCCAUUCUAAAUGGCACAGCAUUCAUUUAACAGGUUGACCAGUGUAUUUUUUUAGAUUUCAGUGUUUGAAUUAAAAGCCGCCUGACAGUUAGACUUCAGGAACUGAUUAAAUUUUCACAUUAUGUCACAUAAACAUGGAAUUAUGUAGAAUAAUUCACAAACGCCAUCUAAUGCCAGAUUUUUUUAUCCUUUAGACAUUUCUUUGCUGUCAUCAUAAAUAAAAGAAUAACAAAAAAUACAUCUUAAUUCUAUUUACUUGCUAUUAGUACAUCAAAAUAAAUAAUCUAUUUCCUCCUAUUUGGAAAACAUCACCAGAUUAACUGCAAAAUACAAUAUAUUACCUUGCAUAUCUUUUUAUUCAAAUUGGCGACGUGUAGUUUCCUGCAGCUAGGGGGCAGUACAUACAUUUCAGGGCAGAUUAACACCAUAUAGCCGUGACUGUCACUAGUUUAAAAAGACAUUGCGGUAAAUGUUGUUACCUGUGGAGCAGAAGGCGUACACCCUUGGCGUGACUCCUCAGACGUCGAUGGUCCUUUAGUUAAGUCCAUCGAGAGAAUGCAAUGCCGAUUGUAGUUUUCUGUUACUGUAGUUUUCGGAUCUGCUCGGGGUCCUGCUCCUGCCGAUGAUGUCAUCACACUACGGCAAUACCACUCGGCCAAAAUAUAUUGCAUCUCUUUUUCAAUUCUGUUCUUUCACAUGUGUUUUGGAAGGAGUGUAGCAGUUUUGCUAUUAAAUUGGUGUUUCUUACUGCCUAAAUGCUUUUUAACGUGGUGACGUUACUUCCGUAAGUCGUAUGUUCAGCCAGUCAUCUAGUGUGACAUCAUCGGCAGGCGCAGGACCCGAGCCGGCCAGAAGGAAACACGGCAUUUAAUAUGGCGGCCCCCAAAAAUGCUGGACCCACCCCCUAUAUGUGCUUUAGACCAGAUUUUUAUGGUUAUAUGGUACGAAGCCGCCAAUAUUUUUUAUCAACUGGGCGUAAUUUUAUGUAUUUUCAGCUACGUUUCGAUGGAUAUUUCCGGAGAUCAACAGUAAAAAUGACACGUUGUCUCUUGAACAAAAACUUGAGUCGAAUGCAGAGACGGUGUGUGAGAAAGAAAGGGUCGCGCUAGCCACUGUCAAAUUAGUAGCCUGCUAGCAGCCAAGUGCUGCUAAUCUAUUCACUUCACUAGAUGAUCUUUAGCCAACUGAAACAUCUCUGCAGAAAAUAAAUGAGCAGCAGUUUUUGAUGUUUGUUCAAACGCAUUCGGGUUUUAAUGAGAUUUUAAAAAUCUCUAAAGCAUCCGGAAUGACGUUGCCACUCAGCUGUCUGGAAAGUCAAAAGGCCACCUUACAAAGGAAGUACUCUCAUGAGUAUUACCAGGAGCGAACUUUCCAGAAAGCUUACGCUGGUGUCAAACUGCUCAGAGAGACAAGUAGAAGUUGAUGACCACAUGAGUUACAGAUACAGUUAGAGCGUGGCUUGUUAGUUUAGUUAAACCAGUUCUUCAGACUAACACCAAAGCUGAGAUCAUUUUUCAGUGCCUCGAUCACAACAACGAGUGAACAUAACACUAUCUAACAUACUUUUACGUACCGAGUAGGUUCUGUGUUUUCAUACGAGACAUUCGAUCUCCUUAUUAUUCUGUGCAAACUGUUAAAUGACAACUUGACCCUCUGUGGUUUCGGCACAGAUUCAGUAAAUCAAACAGAAUGGUUUGGCGGUUAAACUCGACAAAAGCUUGUUAAUAGUUUUCUUAAGUCUGGACAUCAUCAAUUUGCCAUGUUCAAAUAUGAUUCCUGCAAGAAAUGGACCGUGCACAUUUCCCAGAGAGCUAAAACAUUCACCUACGGGUUUUCAGAUUUGUGAUCUGACAGGGUGUCCUUAUUCAGAACAGACUGCUGAUGACCUCAAACGUUUUUGCAUCCUGGUUUGAUUGACAAACAACCGUCAUGUUGCCAUAUAUUCAUAUUCAUCCAGUUAAAGCUGUCAUUCGUGAUUCUGUUGACGGUGAAUCAAAUGGUGUCUCUGAGAUCAGCCAUCGUCCUGCGUUACUCCCACAGCAGCUGUGCAGCUCACUAAUCUUUUGGAUGUCAGACAGCAGCAUAUCACAUCUGUAGAGUCCUCUGUCUCUGACGUGGCUUAUAGCCAGGUUUCCUUAUACCCUCUGUAAAUGUAGGAGAAGAAACAUUUCAAAGUCUGGAUCUUUAGAAGUGGUUUCUGUGGAAAGAUUAUGAGUGAUUGACACGUAACCCGUUCUAUGUCUCAUCAACCUCAGUUUGGAAAAGCUGUUGUGUUCUGAUCAGAUUGAUGAGAUAAUAGCUAAAACUGCUUUCAUCAUAGCUAUUUAAGCUGGUUUAUGAAAUUUUACAUCAUUUUCAGUUUGAAUUCACAGUCAUUUACACUCUAUGAUCAUUUGCAAACGCUAAUAGCAGCAGCAGCUAGCUAGCUGUGGCACCCCCGAUGCAGCUGGGGCAUUUCCUAAUGUUUCUAUUGAAAUAACCGUGUAAUGCAACACUGAUCACAGUGUCAGUCAUAAUCUUUAAACUUAUAUUUUUUAACACCGUUUUAGGGUGACAACAGUCCACUCGGAUGAGUAGGGCCAGUUGCAAAGCGGACUGAUGCCCGUAUGAAACAGCUGUAGCCUCAUGUGUGUCACAGAAAUUCGUGAGAACACUAUUUUAGAAACCUUUAAACUGCUGUAAAUUUCAAAUUACAUUAAUAUUCACUGAUUUCUAACAUUGUUUGCACAGGAAAUGAGUAGCAAGUGACUUGGACUCGAGUCAGACUUGAGUCAUUAUUUUAGUUACCUCUGACUCGAAUUGAUAAAAUCUAUAAAGACUUACAAUUUGACUCGGACUUGAACGCCAAUGACUUGCAACUUGAAUCGACUUGCAUCUGUUGACUUGAGCAUAUUUGAUAUUUUAGCACAAAAGUGACACGACAUGGACAAACAUCAUUCUUCGUUCUGGGUUCGAUUUACUGCUAACUGCAGCAGCACUUUGUUUGUAAUCAGCUUCAGUUGCACUUUCUGCUUGUUUGAGCAAAUAAAUGAAGCUUUAAGAAACUUUAACUCUGGAAUUUAUUUAUCAUUGUCAUUAAAUUGAAGUUGGACAGAUGACUUGAUUAUGACUUGAAAAUUCAGAGUUAACGACUUGGACUUGACUUGGACUUGGUUGUCUUUGACUUGGACUUGACUUGGACUUGACUGGAAAUACUUGUGACUUACUUGUGACUUGCAAAGCAGUGACUUGGUCACACUUCUGGCAAUUUGUGUUGAAACUGUAAAUGGCCUUUAUUUGAUAUAGCACCUUCUAGGGUUCUACAACCCCACAAAAUGCUUCACAACACACACACACGCACGCACACACACACACACACACACACACACACACACACACACACGCACGCACACUUGGUGGUAAUGAGCUACGUAGUAGCCCCAGCUACCCUGGGGCACACUAAUGGAAAUGAGGCUGCUGAGCACUGGCGCUGCCAGUCCCUCUGAUCACCACCAGCAGGCAAAUUGUCUUGCCCAAGGACACAACUGCAACAGAUAGGGCUUGAACCUGCAGCCAUGGUUGCCCCAAGUGUGUUUCAGUCAGAAUUUACAGUAACACUUUACAAUAAGGGUCUUUUUAUAAGCGUUUCUUAGUAUAAUAUAAAGCAUUAAUAAACCAUUUAAGUGUUAGCAAUUGCUUUUAUGCAUUACAUAGCAUUACUCAGCAUAUUAUUUAAUGCAUUAUUAAGCAGUUAACUAAUGCCAAUUACUGAACCUUAGUUAAUGCAGUACAAAGCUUUAAAUAACACUUGCAUUAUUUAAUUGCUUUGCAUCAUGUGUGUUAAUUACCAUGUUAGUUAAUGUGUCAAUUAACACUUAAUAAUUUUUAAGUCAUUUAUUGUGGUAGUGUAUUUGCAGCGAAUAAGCAAUAAGUAACAGCUAACUAAUGUGUCCACUUAUCCUACCCUGUACUUUGGAUUGGAUGGGCAUUAAUAAACAAUUAAUUAAUGUCUUACUAAUGCUGUACUGUGUUUGUUAUCAAGAAGCCCUUACCUGACCUUAGGUAAGGUAAAACCAUUGAUCCCCUUUGGAAACACUUUCUAAAUGCUGAAUAGGCUCCUAAGCAUUACUUAACCAUAAUUAAUCAUUACUGAAUGAAUUUUGGGCCUUAUUGUAAAGUGUAAACAUGUCUCCCCUAGGAAACCCAUUCUAAAUGCCUAAUAGACUCAUGAGCAUUACUUAAGCAUUACCUAACCAUAGUUGAACAUUACUAAAUGAAUUUUGGACCCUUAUUGUAAAGUGUCAACAUUUAUCCAUUUUUAAACACUUUCUAAAUACUUAAUAGACGCCUAAGCAUUACUUAAGUAUUGCUUAACUAUAAUUAAUCAUUACUGAAUUAAUUUUGGCCCCUUAGAUUCAGUUAGAAACAUUAGCUUCUUAAUAAUGCAUUAAACAUUAUGUUUAGUAAUGCUAUACAAUGCAUAACAGCAGUUGUUAACCCAUUAUUUAAUGGUUUAUUAAUGCUUAAUAAUGCACUAAGUAAUGUUAAUAAAGGGACCUUUAUUGUAAAGUGUUACUGAAUUCACAACGUUCCCACCAAAACAACAAUAAUACUGUAAAACAGAUGGCAGUUAAAUGUGAGUAAAAUUGUGUUCUCGUUAAAUAUUGUGAAACUUUUUAGAGGAAAGUUGUUUUAGGACGACCGAAAAUCUACGAAAUGUUGCAGGUAAAUAAACCUUCUCUGUGUUUUAAAAAGAACGGAAAGAUGGAAUUUGAAACUCAACACAGCAAGAACACACCAAAGAUGUUUACAUCUACUUUAUACUUGGCCCCACUCUGGCUGGCUUGUCUGGUGACAACUAAUCUGUUUUUCUCAAAACAUAGGCUGUUCAAAGAGCUCUACAAGAUAUUAAUUUCUUGCAACAUGUCCACAGAAAUCCACUUCAGAAGAUCAGAUCUAUUUAAAACACACAGGGCAUGAACAGAAUGACGCGUCAGCGGUUUCAUCCUUUGGUUAAGUGUGAUGAAAUCAAACAGCUGUGAUGUGUGUUCUCACUGGGACAUUCACAAAAGGUCGUUUACACACACUGUAAUUAGUGAUUUUGCAUUGAAACUCUGCAGCAGGAACGUAAUGAUUUGCUGAUUAGUUGUAACACUGAAGAAUCCUCCAGCACUUAAGUAGAGAAGCUCUGAGUUAAGGCUGCUUUAAAGAAACUCUGAUGCCUUCGGCAGCUCCUGCAUUGUCACACAGAAUGAUGAAGUUUAGUUUUUAUUUCCAGUAUUGCGACAUAAAUCGUGUAUGUAACGAUGCUGUGAUGAGUCUUCACCUGUGAUUUAUUCAGAAACUACACCUUUUUUGUUCGUAUGUAUUUGCUGAUGAUACUGACUCUGAAUGUAUAAAACUGAGUAACUGUACAAUAAUUAAAACAGUAGGCUCUACUUUUUGAAUCAAA